GGAAAUAUUACCAUGAUAGUACCCCCCGAACCGUAAGACCACCGUGACUUCCCAAUCCAACAAUAGCCUUGGGAAUCAGACUAAUAUGCAUACUCCUCAGCGAAAUGGCUGUUGCUCGUGGAGCGGCGGCUUGCGGGCUCCGAGGGCACGUUGCUCCAGAGUCCACAUGCCAGCGACACAUCGGUCUGGAACGACCCCACCCUGCAAGAGCCAGACUGGGAAGCAUGGGACCAUUGGACCCGGAAGUAUGCUGGAUGAUUAGAAAGGUAACAGGUCCCACCUGCAGUUGUGAUCAAUUGGGGAAGCCUAUGCAGCUUCAUACUAACGGGGGUGGUGUUAUGCCAUUGCAGGGCGAACGGUUUUCGACCGAUGUCUAUGUCACUUCAAUCAUCCAACUGCCCUACCAGCCAACGUGGCCGCCUACCACGACACUUCGUAUAUACGAUUGUGAUCUUGAUGCAGCACCAGAUCAAGCAAGUUGCCCAGGUAUGUAUGAUGCAUGAUGCUCUCUGUCAAUCUCACACGUCCGCUGACCGAUCAUGCUUUCAUCCAGGGGUCCGUUGUGUGGGCCAACUCGUCUGCAACUUCGGCGACGUAGACCUCAGCAAGCUUGUAUUCGAGGCCGUUGGAGGACAGGGACUAUAUCAUCUCCAGAUCCGAGUCCAUGCAGCGCUGACUAUGACCGAUGGGGCUGUG